UUUCAUACCGCUGCAAUGGCAUCAUCCGAGUUGACUCCAGAGUAUACCACCUUCGAGGCCUAUCUCGACAAGGCCGUCGCGCUCUUGGUCGUUGUUGGCUGGAACUCGUGUUUUCUUCAGAUGAUCUACCAGUCCUUCCGGCAUCGAACGUACAACAUCCCCUUUCUCCCACUCUUCUGCAAUGUCACCUGGGACUUUAUCUACGCUUUCAUGUAUCCUUCCCCAACACCCAUCAUCCACUACACCGGUCUGCUUUGGUUCGUCUUCGACUCGAUCCUUACCUAUGGGGCAAUGAAAUUCGCGUCCAACGAGUGGUCACACGCCCCUCUGAUCCAGCGAAACAUCCCCCUCAUCUUUGCCCUCGGCAUUGCAGGAGCAGCAUCCGGCCAUCUCGCUUUUGUGGCCCAAUUCGGACCGGUAGUCGGUUUCCGUGCUGGUGGAUUGCUCUGCCAGCUGCUGCACAGUGGGGGCGCCCUCUGCCAGCUUCUUUGCCGUGGCAGCACCCGUGGCACCUCGAGCACGAUAUGGCUGGGUCGGGCUUUGGGAUCUGGUUCGCUCGCCGUUCGAACCGUCUACCGCUUCUUUUAUAGACCGAAUAUGGCGAAUAUGGGCAUUGAGGGAAAUGGUCCACUUUACAUGUGGUUCUAUCUCGCCUACGUUUUUCUUGAUGGUAUCUAUGGAAUCGUGUUCUUUUUGAUCAAGAGGAGUGAGUCGAGCAGCGUCAAGAAGGGCAAGGUUUACUAGGCUGCUGGAUGUGGAGAAUGACGAUCGUAUACGCAUAUGGUUGUUGUUUGUCACACUUCGAGGACGGAGCACGGUGAGAUGUAUCAGUCUUAUCACUUUACUCUAUUUGACAAAGUAUAUUCAACUACAUGGCAUGACCUGC